AGUACUCCCAAACAAACACCAGCUAAAUCAGGUAUUGCUAAAACAUCACAACAACCUAAAGCAGCUGCAGCUGAACCUAACCCUAAGCCAGCUCCUGAAAUUGAUGGAUUGAAAGCUGAAAUUAGAGAUUUAAAUGAAAAAUUAGAAACCAUUAAGAUUAAACGAGGAGAGGAUAGAGCAAAGAUAAAAGAAGCAGAUAAACUCAAGAUUCAACUUCAACAGCUUCAAGAGCACAAGUUGAAAAUACAAGAAACUCAAGGUGAUCUUCAGAGACAACUACAGACAACUAAAAAGGAAUUGAAAGACACUCAAGACCAGUUUGAAAGGUAUAAAGAAGAAAUGGCAGAUACAUCGGAGACAAUAGAAAUAGCUACAUUAGAUAAAGAAAUGGCAGAAGAAAAAGCAGAAGGAUUACAACAGGAAGUGGACUCUCUAAAAGAGAAAUUAGAAGAGGUCACUCUAGAUUUAGAAAUUUUGAGAGGUGAAAUAACUGAUCAAGGAAAAGAGGGUGUAGCAGCAACCUUUGAACAAAAACAGCUUGAACAACAGAAUGAAAGAUUGAAAGAUGCUCUUGUAAAAUUACGUGACUUAUCAAAUCAAGAGAAAUCUGAAAACCAAACAUUAGUAAAACAGAAUGACAAGAUGAAAACAGAUAUUAUGAAUUUACAGAAAGAUAAAGAUAAGUUACAAACUGAAGUAUCAGAAUUACAUGAACAAAUGAUUGAACUUAAAGAACAGGUUGAUGCAGCACUUGGAGCAGAAGAAAUGGUAGAAUCAUUAGCUGAGAAGAACUUAGCUUUAGAAGAUCAAAUUAAUGGUUUAAGAGAAGAGAAUGCUGAUUUAGAAACUUUACAUGAGAUGAAUGAAGAAAUACAAGAGAAUGCUCGAGAAACUGAAUUAGAGUUAAGAGAAGAGCUUGAUUUAGCUCAGGGUCGUGUGGCAGAGGCAUAUCGUAAACUAGAAGGUAGUGCUGAAACUUGUGCUGAUUAUGAAAAGACUAUUGCUAAGUUUAGAGAUUUGGUUAAACAACUACAGGAUACCAACAAAGAAUUGAGAAGUAAACAACAAGAGAGUGAACAGAAGGCUGUUGAAACACCCACGAUUGAGUUUGAUUUUAAAGCUAGAUUUGCUGAAACUAAAGCUUAUGCUAAGACUAUUGAUAUGGAACUACGUAAAUUAGAAGUACAGCAAGCCAAUGCUCAUGUUCAAAUGUUAUUAUCCUUUAUGCCAGAUACUUUCUUAAACCGAGGUGGUGAUCAUGAUGCUGUUAGUGUAUUAAUGAUGGUACCUAGAAUUAUUAAUAAAUCAGAUUUAUUGGCAUCUCAAAUUAAAGUCAAGUUUGACCUGGGAGAGAAAGCUAUAGAAAGGCCUGAUGUAUUAAAGAGUCAAAGAGCUGAACAAAUUAGUUUUGCUAAUCAUUUAAUAUUAUUGCUCAAUAUUCUACAAGCUACUAUGAAACAAUAUGAAAGUGCUCUCAAUAACUGUAGUGUAGAAUUAUUUACCAAAGUUGGUACCUUAUUACCAGAAAUGUCAGCUCAUGAGAAAUCUGUAGAUUAUUUUAUAGAUUUAUUACGUAAAGAUCAACUAGAUGAAACUGUUUCAUUAGAUCUAUUAGAGAAAUCUAUUGGUUUCUUCUCUCAACUGUACAGCGUACAUCUUGUUAAUGAGAAGACUGAUUGUACAUCUUUAUUAUCUGAUAAUGUUAAAUUAGCUGUCAGUGCUUCAGAUUGUCUACAGACUGAUAUUACUAGACUUAAAAUUCUUAUUAUGCCAGGACAGGAGAAUUGUGAGUUUAGUAUAUUGAUGAGAGAUCUAGAGACUUGUAAUCAAGAUACUAAGAUGUGUGCUAGAAAGAUAAAAAGAAGAUUACCCCAAGAAGGUUCCUCAUCAUCCACACCACUUACUUUCUCUAAAGAGGUUAAAGAUUUAAUAUCAGAUAUGAGUUCCAAUGUCUGUAAAAUCAGUAAAACUUUAAGAUUUGUUGCCAUUGGUGCCAUGCAACAGGCUUCAAUUAUGACAGGUGGACAAGAUUUGGAUACAUAUAAUGAUGCUGAAGGAUUAAUGCCUAAGAAAAUGGAAGAGUUAGCGUAUCAAGCUGUAGAUAAGAUCUAUGAUAAAGAUGACAGUGGACCCUAUGAUAGUUUGAGACUAUCAUUUGGUAAAGUUGUUGGAACCAUGAAUAAACUUGCCAAUGCUAUGGAAAAUGGUGAAUAUGAUUUUGAUGGAACAAGGGAGGCUAAGGCAUUACCACCAGUAAAACAGAGAGCUAGUACAGUUAAAGCUCAGAUAGCUGAUAUAGAAGUCAUGAAAUUUAAACUGGAUACUAAAGAAGAAGAUAUUAAAGAAUUAAAGAAACUUUUCAAGAUGAAACAAGAGGAAAUGAGUGAACAACAAGUAAGGGUUGGAUUAUUGGAGAAGAAAUUAGAAAAUGCUUCUAAAGAUGGUGAAGAAAGAUUGGAGAAAUUACAGAGAAAAUUGGAUGAAUUAACCAUUCAUUCUAAGAAACGAGAGAAAGAAUUUGAAGAAACUUGUGAUACAUUACAAGCUGAUAUUGAUGCUCUAGAACAAGAGAAAUUAGACUUACGUGAAAGAUUGAAAGUUUUAUCCAAGAAAUCAUUAUUAGAGGGAUUGGAUAGGAAAUCAGGACAAACUCGUAAGUUGAUUAUACAAGUUGAUUAUCGAAUUAUAUUCCGUUUCGCACAUUUGAAGAAUUAG